UAACAACAACGUUGUUUCGUUGGAGAAGCAACCAUUUGGACCAUUUUGAAAAAGAAUGUAGAAAUUUACAAGUCCAUAUUCAGAUCCAUCGUAUAUGCGAUCACUAUUCAUCCAUAAUAAUCUUUGCAACAAUAUCAACGCCCUUCAACAAUGGAUAUCGAUCCAAAGCAGUACGAACAAAUCAAAAUUAACGACAAAGAUAGCCACAAUAUUAUCUUAUCAUAUCUCGUACAUGGUUGCUAUAAAGAAACUUUGGAAUCACUCGUUACUUCUACUGGAUUAAAAGUAACCAAUGCUCAGCUAGAGGACAUGGAGAAAAGAAAACGGAUUUUACACUCCGCUUUAGAGGGCAACGCAUUGGAUGCUAUUCAUUUGACAGAGCAGAUGUCACCGGACCUUUUUGAAAAUAAUAAGGACCUGCUUUUUGAUCUAUUAAGCCUUCAUUUUGUUGAGCUUAUAUGCUCAAAAAAACAAACAGAAGCACUUAAUUUUGGGCAGGCCAAAUUGGCCCCUUUUGGGAAAGUGCAAAAAUAUGUUGGAAAGCUCGAAGAUUUUAUGGGCUUGCUAGCUUAUGUUGAACCAGAAAAAUCACCUAUGUUUCAUCUACUUAGCUUGGAAUACCGACAACAUGUUGUGGAUAACUUGAACAGAGCAAUUCUUGCACAUGCAUAUAUGCCAAGUUUUUCAAAACUCGAGAGGAUAAUACAACAGGCAACCGUAGUUAGACAAUGCUUGAGCGAAGAACUCGGAAAGGAUGUACUAUCACCGUUCUCGUUAAAGGAUUUCCUGAAGAGGAGCUAGAUUUGUUAAUGCUCGUUAUUUCAACACGAAAACACGCAGCUUUUCAGUUUGCAAGCCAAGGAUUUGGUAUGUUGUAUCAGCUGUUUUCACAUGGUUUUUAUUUAUGUUUAGUUGAGGAGAUCUAGUCUAAUCUCCUAAUUACCCAGCCUGUCUCGUUACAUGUAUAAAACCGUUGUAUUGUGGUGGGUGGAAGAAAAGCGUCGUUAUUACUUCAAGUUCUUAGCCGGGUUCCGUUCUCGGAUGUAAAGAUUCAUUUGUAAGAACAAAUGCUCCUUUAUUUAUUCAAUGUUUCUGGUGUAAUUGUAUUUGUUAACAAGUCAUUAGAAAGAUUCAUUUGUAAGAACAAA